AUGAGCAAGAGGGUCUCAACUAGAUUGGUUUUCAUUUUGGCUCUGUUUUCUGACACUGUUAAGCUGGAAUUGGAACUGCAUGAAGAAAGGAAGCCAAAGCAUAGGACAAAUCUGGCUGUUCUUGGAAUACAACCACCUCUGAGAUAUUUUGACUUUUUCCUGAAGACCAUUAAUGAAACAAAUAGCUUUUCAGAACUGCAAUCUCUUGUACCUUUUAUUGGCCUCACAGACAGUAAGAAGUUAAAUAGACACUGCUGCAAAAAUGGAGGAACCUGUAUCCUAGGCAGUUUUUGUGCAUGUCCAAAAUAUUUCACUGGGCGAUACUGUGACUUUGAUGAACGGAAAAGAGACUGUGGUGCUGUUCUCCAUGGAAACUGGCUACAGAAAGAUUGUUCCUUAUGCAAAUGUGUUUAUGGGACUUUGUAUUGUAUCCCACAAAUGUUUCAAGAUGGUUGUAAUGAAGACAAAUAUGAAGAGGAGAUUCUCCAAAUACUUUCCAUGAGUUCUAAACUGCAGCCAACAGGACAUAUCUGGUUUUUUACACUGUUUAUGUUCCAUUUUAUGGUGUGA